UCUUUUAAACAAGUCUCUGAUCAGUAACAAAAAGUACUGUAAAAACCUCUGGUUGACAAAAAAAAAAAAAAAAAAAAGUCUAUGUCUAUGACUAUGACCAAAUACACGUCAUCAUUAUCAUCCUUAUUAUUGUGAAUAUGAUGACCCCAAUGAAUCCUCCUCUUUCUCUGACCUUUCACCUCAAGCAUGCUUAUUAACAUCACAACACAAACCUCCCCCUCCUGUGUAAUCUUUCUUUGUCUUCUUUUUGUUUUGCACUGAGAAGAAGAACACUAUAAGAAGAGCUGAUUUUGAUGUGUUCUUGUCAAUUUUGAAGCUGUGUUUUCCUUUAUUUUGAUGGGACUCUAAAUGGGUUCUUUGGAAACUGGGAUUCCAUUGAAAAGAGACAACCUUUUCAGGUCUUUUUCUUCUGUUAGAACUGAGAGGCACCCAUUUUCACAGAGACCCAGAUCAAGGUUCUCAAGGUUCUUGCUUUUCAAGAAGCUAGAUUACCUGCAAUGGAUUUGCACUGUGGCUGUGUUCCUCUUCUUUGUGGUGCUCUUCCAGAUGUUUCUGCCUGGUUCUGUGGAAAAGUCUGGGAAUUCUUCAUUGCAAGAUAAUGUGGAAGUCAGUUCUGGGGAUUUCAAGUUUUUGAAGGAGAUGGGUGUGUUGGAUUUUGGGGAGGAUAUUAGAUUUGAGCCUUCAAAGCUUUUGGACAAAUUUCAAAGAGAAGCUAGAGAGGCUAUUCUCUAUUCUCCUGCAUUCAACAGGACAAAACAGCGUUUUUCCUACAGAAAACCCCAGCUUGCAAUGGUUUUUGCAGAUCUGUCGGUUGAUUCACAAAAAUUACUGAUGGUGACAGUUGCAGCUGCUUUGCAGGAGAUUGGCUAUGAAUUUCAGGUUUAUUCACUUGAAGAUGGUCCUGUGCAUGAUGUUUGGAGAACAAUAGGAAUUCCAGUCACCAUUAUUCAAGCAUUUGAUAAGACAGGGAUUGUUGUUGAUUGGUUAAACUAUGAUGGCAUACUUGUGAACUCUUUUGAAGCCAGAGGUGUCUUUUCAUGUUUUGUGCAGGAACCUUUCAAGUCAUUACCUCUGAUAUGGACCAUCCAUGAAAGAUCGCUUGCUACUCAUUCAAGAAAAUAUAUUUCAAGUGGUCAUAUCGAUCUUUUAAAUGAUUGGAAAAGAAUCUUCAACCGCUCUAGUGUUGUUGUCUUUCCAAACUAUAUCCUUCCGAUGAUUUACUCCACAUUUGAUGUUGGAAACUUUUUUGUUAUUCCGGGUACCCCUGCUGAAGCAUGGGAAGCAGACACUGUAAUGGCCUUACACAAAGAUAAUCUGCGUGUCAAGAUGGGUUAUGAGCUUGAAGAUGCUGUUAUAGCCAUUGUGGGAAGCCAAUUUAUGUAUAGGGGUUUGUGGUUGGAGCAUGCCAUCAUUUUACAGGCUUUAUUACCAGUUCUUUCAGACUUCCCUUUAGAUAAUAAUUCCAAUUCUAAUCUCAAAAUUGUGGUUCUAAGUGGGGAUUCAACAAGUAACUAUGGCGUGGUAUUUGAGGAAAUUGCUAUUAACUUGACAUAUCCAAGCGGCAUUGUAAAGCACAAAGCUAUUGAUGUGGAUGCAGACAAUGUUUUAAGCAUGGCUGAUCUUGUGAUAUAUGGAUCCUUCCUUGAAGAGCAAUCUUUUCCGGAAGUUUUAAUGAAAGCCAUGUGCUUCGAGAAGCCAAUCAUUGCCCCAGACCUCUCCAUGAUAAGGAAAUAUGUUGAUGACAGGGUGAAUGGCUAUCUUUUCCCUAAGGAGAAUCCUAAGUUUUUGACACAAGUUAUAAGGCAAGUGUUCUCAAAUGGAAAAGUAUCAUCGCUAGCUCGCAAUAUUGCCUCUAUAGGAAGAAGUACUGCAAGAAACCUGAUGGUUUCGGAAACUGUUGAGGGAUAUGCAUCACUCCUUGUAAAUGUUCUCAAGCUCCCAUCAGAAGUUGCUCCUCCUAAGGAUGUUGCAGAAAUGCCUCUCAAAUUUAAGGAAAAAUGGCAAUGGCAUUUAUUUGAAGCACUAUCAAAUUCAACAUAUAUUAACUGCACUUUGAGAAGUUACACAUUUUUAGACAAGUUUGAGCAGCAGUGGAACAAUGCUCCAAAAGAUAGACCACUUAGUGCUGAUGAUGGACCUUUUUUAUAUAGCAUAUGGGAGGAAGAGAAAAACAUUGAGAUUGCUAAUGCCAGAAAAAGAAAAGAGGAAGAAGAGUUGAAGGAUAGAUCUGAUCAGUCUCAUGGAACCUGGGAGGAAGUAUAUCGAAGUGCCAAAAAGGCUGAUAGAUCUAAGCAGGAUUUGCAUGAAAGGGAUGAGGGGGAGCUUGAAAGGACUGGUCAACCACUGAGCAUUUAUGAACCGUACUUUGGGGAGGGUACCUGGCCUUUCCUACACCUUUCUUCUCUUUAUCGCGGGAUUGGGCUGUUGGAUGAGAUGAGCUAUUACAUUCAAUCUCAUAUGUAUACAUGGACUGGGUACUUGCAGUCCACUAAAGGCCGAAGACCUGGGGCAGAAGAUAUUGAUGCAUCUGCUCGUCUUCCACUUCUUGAUAACCCUUACUAUCGAGAUAUACUUGGUGAAUAUGGAGCCUUUUUUGCAAUUGCAAAUCGGAUCGACCGUGUUCAUAAGAAUGCUUGGAUUGGGUUUCAGUCUUGGAGAGCAACAGCGCGGAAGGCAUCUUUAUCUAGAAUUGCUGAAAAUGCAUUGUUAGAUGCUAUCGAAACUCAAAGGCAUGGGGACACGCUCUACUUUUGGGUGCGGUUGGAUUUGGAUCCACGAAACUCUUUGCAGCUGGAUUUUUGGUCAUUCUGCGAUGCUAUAAAUGCUGGAAAUUGCAAGUUCGCUUUUGCUGAGGCUCUUAAGAGGAUGUAUGGCAUAAAGCACGAUUUGGAUUCUUUACCACCCAUGCCUGUUGAUGGUGGCACAUGGUCUGUCAUGCAGAGUUGGGCUUUGCCAACUAGGUCCUUCCUAGAGUUUGUGAUGUUUUCUAGAAUGUUUGUAGAUGCAUUGGAUGCACAUAUGUAUGACGAGCACCAUUCAAGUGGACAAUGUUAUUUGAGUUUUUCCAAAGAUAAGCAGUGCUAUUCACGGCUUCUUGAGCUACUUAUAAAUGUUUGGGCAUACCACAGUGCAAGGCGGAUGGUGUAUGUGAACCCCGACACAGGAGUAAUGCAGGAACACCAUAAAUUCAAGAGCCGGAGAGGUCAAAUGUGGAUUAGAUGGUUCUCAUAUGCGACACUAAAGAGCAUGGAUGAGGAUUUGGCGGAGGAGGCUGAUUCUGAGCAUCCUACCAGACGGUGGUUGUGGCCAUCAACUGGUGAGAUCUUCUGGCAAGGUGUAUAUGAGCGAGAAAGGAAAUUACGGCAUCGGCAAAAGGAAGAUAGGAAGCAAAGAAGUAAAGACAAAAUUGAUAGGAUUAGGAAGCGCACUCACCAAAAAGUAAUAGGGAAGUAUGUGAAGCCUCCACCUGAGAUGAAAAAUUCAAACACGAGUACUGCAGUGUUAAAUUAAUGUCAUGGGUUUGAGCUUCAUUUAGAGUAGUGUAAUUUGCAAAUUCUUUUAUUAUUAUUAUUUUUUUUUUUAGUUUUUGUAAUUUUUGCUUGGAAGGAUGCAUCAAUUUGUGAUUUUCAUGUGAGGGUUUUGUAUGUAAAACUGCAUCCUUCUGGUCAUUGAUCUUGUUUAGUGGCUGAAAUGUAUAAUAGUUAACUAUUUUUUUUUU